AUGGGAAGGUCAUGGCGAACAAUUUCCUACUGCAAUGACUGGUUCGCCUCGGUCAUGGCUCAUGAACCUUCCCAGUGGUUUGUGUGUUGGAUUGGGGUUGGAUUUAGGGUUGUGGCUCUAGACGCACAUUUCACCAAGCUUAAUUUGGAUACAAUUGUAAUGUCUUAUGAGAGAUCAAAGAGUAGGGCUAUAUUACUUGAUUAUGAUGGAACAUUGGUGCCACAUGCUUCCAUCAACAAGAAACCAAGUGCAGAAAUAGUGAGGAUCAUCAAUACCCUAUGUUCGGAUAAUAAUAACAUUAUUUUCAUUGUCAGUGGGGGAAGCAGGGAUAGCUUGGGAUCAAUGUUCGCCUCAUGCCCAAAGCUAGGAAUUGCAGCAGAACAUGGUUACUUCCUAAGAUGGACCAGAGAUGAAGAGUGGCAAAAAAACACUCAUACCUCAGACUUCGGAUGGAUGCAAAUGGCGGAGCCAGUGAUGAGUCUUUAUACAGAAGCAACGGAUGGAUCCUAUAUUGAGACUAAAGAAACUGCAUUGGUGUGGCACCAUCAGGAUGCUGACCAAGGCUUUGGGUCUUCCCAGGCGAAGGAGAUGCUUGAUCACCUGGAGAGUGUACUGGCAAAUGAGCCAGUCUCAGUCAAGAGUGGCCAGUUCAUUGUUGAAGUCAAACCUCAGGGUGUUAGCAAAGGUCUUGUAGAUGAGAAGAUAAUCACAUUGAUGAAGGAGAAGGAGCGGCAGGCAGAUUUCGUAUUAUGCAUAGGUGAUGACAGGUCAGAUGAGGAUAUGUUUGAAAAUAUCACUGAUGUCAUGAAGAGAAGCAUUGUUGCUCCAAAAACACCACUAUUUGCGUGUACCGUGGGGCAGAAACCAAGCAAAGCCAGGUUCUAUCUGGAUGAUACAUUUGAAGUAGUCACUAUGCUGAGUUCACUAGCAGAUGCUUCAGAACUAGUCCCUAAAACGGAGUUGGAGGAUGACUUGGCUACAUCUGUCUCAUUGAUAGAUAUCAGCAAUGAGCCACUACAGUUUGGUACUAGAAGGGCUGAAGGAUCUUGCUUGAAUUUCUAG